GUUUGAGAAAAUAACAACUUUUAUCCAAAAUAAACAAUCAAAAAUAAACUACAAUGAAUUUUAAAGUAUUUUUGUUCAUAUUCGUUACAUUAGUUGCGUUAGCAAUAACUCAAAUAUCUGCAGCUCCCGCAGCUACAGCAGCUACUGCGGCUACUGCAGCGACUGCAGCUACUGCGGCUACUGCAGCGACUGCAGCUACGGCGGCUACUGCAGCAACUGCAGCUACAGCGGCUACUGCGGCGACUGCAGCUACUGCGGCUACUGCGGCUACUGCAGCUACUGCAGCUACUGCGGCUACUGCAGCUACUGCGGCCACUGCAGCUACUGCAGCUACUGCAGCUACUGCGGCUACAGCAGCUACUGCGGCUUAAAAUACAAAAAUUAGUACAUAGAGAGGAGGAGGACUUCAAGGACGUUGGAUAACAAGGAAAUAGAAUAGGUAACCAAGGAAGUAUAGGACAACACAAAUAUGGAACAGAAGGUGGACAACAAAGAAAUAGAGGUAACCAAGCUGGUGGUUGCAUCGGUUGAAAUCAAAAUUAUAUUAUUUAAAUAAUAAUUUAGAAAAUUUUAAUUUUAUUUAAAAAAUGUUAAAUUGAAUUUGGUACUCAUUUUAUUUUUUACCCGAAUGCGCGACACAAAGGAGUGGUAUUGAGUUUAUCAGUCUAUGUUUGUAUGUAUGUAUGUUUCUUGCUUUGUGGAUUGCGGACUUAAGGGACCAAACGUGGGGGCCGAUUAAGAUGAUUAUGAUAUUAAUCGAAUUGUCUUUAUAUGGCGACAAUCGACGCCAGAUUGUGAAAAAAAUGAAAGUCAACGAACUGUGCUAAGUAGUUAAAUCCAGCGAUAUGAAUAGGUAUUAAAUAGACAAAUCGAUUAACGUAAGAAUUUGUAAAAUCGGCUCACGCGUUUGGUAUUUAGAGCACCACAAAAGACCAAACAUACAUAUAUAUGCUGAAAAUAAAAGUCGACGAACUAUAUUAAGUGGGGUGUCAUUGAAUAGGUAUUUGAAAACCUUUACUAUAAAGUAUAAAACUAAAAAUAAUAAUUUAAAAAAAUUUAAAAACCCGACUGCGUAAAAUAAUAAGAAAAUGAGAGGGAAACUUAAAACAACAAAACAAGUCUAGUAGUUUAAAUUGCGACUUUAACAGUCGGAACCCAUUAAAAUGUACCCUGGCAAAAAAUAAGAGAUUUGAAAUAAAAAACUGAACAACAAAACUUAUUUAUUUGAAGCGCGUGUUAUGAGAAACCAACCAAAUAGUCCGAAUGUUUAUAAAUAAAAAAUUAAUACCAUUUCCAUAAUUUGAA